CGUAUUGCUUUUGUGUGGCCUGUCACAUAGGCCAAGGAAUAUUCAAAACCAUUUUGAUUGCCGAUUAACGAGCACACACUCAAAAUUCCAAAAAGCACAAGCCCAGGGCGUCAUCGAUUGCUUUUUAACCGACUUCCAACUACUCGAACCCGUUGAUUGUAUCCUGAUAUGGACGGAGGAGGGGACAACCAGCUGUCCGUGAGAUCCUUCCGUAGGCAUCCUGAAAUCUAUUCAUACUAUGUCAACGCUCCGGUCCAAGGCCUCCAAGGCCCUGAUCACGCCCAAGGAGACGCAGUUGCCCUCCAAAUCGCACUACACGCCUUGAUCAUAGCCGAACUCGCCGAGGAUUCUGGUUUCGAGUCCGGCAGUGAAAGUGACUGAGCGAAAAUGAAAACUUGGAAAAAUAACUUCGGUAGUAGCUUUCUCUUCCCUGUGAAUCAUUAUAGCAUUAAUACAUAAAGAUAUGACUUCUUGUUGA